AGGACACUCUUGUGUGGGUUUUGUUGUAAAAACUCUCUCCCCACAAUCUGAGAGCGCAGCUGUUGUUGCGCAUCGUAGUGGAGAGCGCGCUCUGGGGUGAUGUCGAGCCUCGUGCUGCCUGCUGCGCAUUGCCACUGACGGAGCUCGAGCGCCUUCCUUAGUUGUCUUGCUGUUGCUGGUAGCGGAAUGUUUUCGCUCUCUUACAACGUUGGUUUCCAUAUGACAGCGCGACACUUCCCUUCCCUGGCCCGAGAGGACACCGUGCCAUUACCAUGAGUUGUUUGGAUGUUAUGUACCCAGCCUAUGGACAUUACGCACCGUACGCGCCAGCCGCCCCCGCGUUCAUCAACAGCUUCCAGGUAAGGAGGCGCUGUCAAAUGUUUUCGAAUUAAUUAAUUAAACGCGUGAGAGAAACUUUGUUUUGCGAGAAGUUUACUCUGCGUUAAAAAAAAGCAACCUAUUUGAUUGUUUUACCUACACAAAAUGUUGGAUCUAUGUGCAGAUUAUCAACGAGGUCUGUUAGAAACCAAAUGUCUCCAAAAAUGUUUCCAAACCUGCACUUCUCUGUUUCUCAAUUUUCCAUGAUCAAUGCUAUGGAUUUCAUAUUUGUUUUGUCAAAUGUUAGUAGUUUAUCAGAACCAGAAGCAGUGGAUGUUUGUUGUCAGUAUUUGUAUGACAGGAGGCUUACCAAUUGGCACAUACUGAUUUCCUUUGAAUAGUUGUGGAGAAAACAGUGUCAUGAUCACAAGACUAUUAGUCAAUGCACACACAAGCACACAUGCACACACACGCACAUACACACUAACCUCCCCACAAGCACACACACAUGUCUUAUGUCACAAUAGACUUGGUCUUCCAGAUCUCUCCCUUCUAACAACUGUCUAUUGCCCCCACCCUACCCCCCUCCCUCCUCCCCCUUCAGGCACCCAUCGGUCUGAGGAGCCCCUCUCCUCGCCGCAGAGACUUCAUGAUGGAGAGUGCGGGGAUGCCAAGGUGUCCGGAGGGGGUAUCGGCGGGCAUCAGCACGGGCCCUGGCUCUUCCUCCUCCGCCUCUUCCUCAUCCUCAUAUCCCUGUGCCACUCGACAAGAGGAGUGCCAUAAGGAGAAACAGGAAGUGCCCGAGGCUGAGUACCUGACGUCGCGUUGUGUCCUCUUCACGUACUACCAAGGGGACAUCAGCAGUGUGGUGGACGAACACUUCUCCAGGGCACUCAGCUCCUACAUGGAGGGAGAGGGCAAGAGGAGGGCAUCGGACCUGGGCACAGGUAGGGUAGACAUAGCUAGGAGUGUGUUUGGUGUUUAUGUGUGUGUGUGUGUGUGUGUGUGUGUGUGUGUGUGUGUGUGUGUGUGUGUGUGUGUGUGUGUGUGUGUGUGUGUGUGUGUGUGUGUGUGUGUGUGCACCAGGUGAGGCUGUCAGAGGACACACAGAAGUGUGUGUAGACAAAAAAUGGCAAACCAAAACGGCAAAGAAAUGGACAGAAGGGUGCUUGUUUGGUGGUGCCUGUUGUCCUCUGCCCUGAUGGGGUCAGAGGUUAGGAAGGCUUGAGGGUCAAGGGUCAGGGAUAUUAUUAGAUAAGUGUGACAUGCUUCAUGCUCUCAGUUAAGUGUGUUUUUGGGCAGUUAGGUGUAGUUUGGUGAUUUUUCAGAGAAAUAUGAAUGCAGAUACAGGUAACAUCACAGAAUAUGUUUUUCUUCCUCUCGCGUCAACCAAUGUCUUCACAUUAUCUGUAUUCUACAGCUUUUUUACAAACAGUUAGAAUUUCUCUCGAUCAAGUUCUCCACUUUUACAUUUGCCAAAGUAGUCACCCAAACUGGAGUUGUGCUCUCCCUGUCCUCCCUAUUUCCAUGUAGGGCUUAGAUCCUCCCUCUCCCUCUCUCGUUGGACGUCUUCCUGCCUGACAACAGAUACUAUGUUUAUACGCAGCCGUAAGCGUUGAACCCCGCGGGCCAGCAUAUCGCCUUCAAACGGCUCCGGUUGGCCCCACAAUGGCCGCUGCUGAUUUAUCACACCACUCGUUUGAUUGGGGCUACUGCAUGCACUGCCGCACGGUGGUGUCUUUUUUCAAAAUAAUUCUAAAUAUAAAAAGUAACGUCUAAAAGCAUAAAACUGUCCCACUGACAUUCUGCUUCGGGCGAACGGGGCGGUGCAGAAACAACAACAGGUGGGGGGUGCAGGAGGGGUGGAGGGGUGAGGGAGGGGUGUGUGUACAGGUCCAAAGGAGGGGGUAAGUAAGGGGGCUGAGGGGAGUAAAGGGGCUCCUGGGAGGGCGAAUGGUGGGGGUAAGGACGUUGUGGGGCGGUACAGGGCUGACACGGGAGUGAGAGAUGUCGCCACAACUAGUGACAAAUGUGACCCUCCUCAUGCUUUGUUUCCAGGUUAACACCCCUCAAUGCCUUAUAUAGGCUGGCAGGACACAGGGCCGGGGUUCUCUUCCUCUCUGUGUCAAUGAGUGUCGGUCUCUAUCUCUGUUUCAGGUUUUAAUUUCACGUGCACAAGUACAGUGAAAUGCCUUUCUUGCAAGCUCUAAACCCAACAAUACAGUAAUCAGUAUCAAUGUAGUACUAAAAAUAACAUAAGAUAGAACAAAAACGCACAAUAAAUACAAAUAAGAAAUAAGAACACGAGAAGUAAGUAAGCUACUGUAUAUACAGGGUCUGUUCCAAUACCAUAAAUAUUAUUUACAACGUGCAGGGAUACUGGAGUGAUAUAGGUAGAUAUGUAUAGGGGUAAGUUGACUAGGCAUGAGGAUAUUUGAUAAACAGAGUAGCAGCAGCGUAUAUGAUGAUUGUAUGUGAGCGUGUAUAGAGUCAAUAUAAAUGUGUGUGCAUGUUAUGUGUGUGUGAGCAAAUGAAGUGAGUGUGUGUGUGUUGGAGCGUCAGUGUGCCUGAGUGUGUAGAGUCCUGUGAGUGUGCAUAGAGACAGUGUAAAAAGGUCAACUUAGUCCAUGUCGCCAUUUUGUUAGCUAUUUAGCAGUCUUAUGGUUUGGGGAUAGAAGCUGUUCAGGAGCCUGUUGGUGUCAGACUCUGUCUCUCUCUCUCUCUCUCUCUCUCUCUCGCUAUCUCUCUCUCGCUCUCUCUUGCUCUCUCUCCCUCUCUCUCCCUCUCUCUCCCUCUCUAAGAUUAUCUAGUAUUUAUUUCUGUGGCCUGCAGGAGUCUACAGUUGGUAGGACUGUGUGCUGUAUGUACAUAUGUACCAGGUGUAAAAAACCAUGUGAACUAAUGUUGUUUUCAUGACUUGCAUGCAUCUCUCCCGUGCUAUUCCAUAUGUGUCUGUAAAUCACGCCACACAGUAACACAACUGUCCAUGACAUAUGCCUAAACCUGAUCUCUCUCUCUCUCUCUCUCUCUCUCUCUCUCUCUCUCUCUCUCUCUCUCUCUCUCUCUCUCUCUCUCUCUCUCUCUCUCUCUCUCUCUCUCUCUCUCUCUCUCUCUCUCUCUCUCUCUCUCUCUCUCUCUCUCUCUCUCAGAUACCCCUUCACCCAGCAGUCGGCGCAGUUUCCCCCCCUCCUUCUGGGACAGCAACUACCCCUCCCCCCAAAGUCGCUCCCACUGCGAACCCGGAAUGCCCACCUAUUCCAUGGACCCCUACACUUCCGGACUCCACCCGGGCAUUCCGCACCCUCACGCCCAUCCUCACCCCCACGCUCACCCCCACUCACACCUCCACCCAUCAGAGGGGUGGGGCUACACCCCGAGCCAGGCCUACGGGCCCCCCAGGCCACUCCAUGAACUCUACUCCCCCGGUGGCCUGGAGCCCCACCACACCUACAGCCCCCUGCUCAUGCCCACCAUGCGGCCCCACCAUCUGGGCUCCCUCCCCGGGCACCACCCCUAUGACGUCAGCAAGCUGGACCCCACCGCGCCCUGGCCGAGCCUGCUGUCCCCCGGAGAGAUGGCCCUCAACAUGGACGCAGGUAUGGAGUCUCUUCUCUACUGCAGCGGAGCCUACCGCAACCACAACAAGCACAACCACAACAACAAUCACCUGCAGCUUUUCAAUAGCAGUUCUCUCUGCUGCAACCACAGCCACCUUCGUUUCCAUAGUCCCAUCGAUUUUCAGUAUCGGUUAACACCAUGAACCUCAAACGCUCGACAGGCUUAUGACCACUGACAUUAACAUCGGUAAGCUGAUCUUUGAGCCCCCAGAAAGUAUUUUAAUGCUGAUGAAUGUGUACCCGCAACCCCAAUGAAAUUGACUUUUCAAUAUCAUCUGUCAACAUGGCUUAGGAUGCGAUUGUUAGUAAUUUCAGUUGUCAUUGCGCUAUUGUUCUGAAUUCUUCAAUGUAAGCUGAUCAAUAAUGUAACACUAUUAAAUGUCAGUUUCCUGAACCAAGAUGGCCUCCUGGUCAGGUGACCCACCAGACGACCUGUCACCUGACCCUAUAACGAUGGCUACCGAGCACACCAAACAUUUAUUUGGUUUGGCAGCGAUCAGAGGACUCUCCACCUGUAUGUGUUAUUAACCAACAAAACAUACUUUUCCCAGUUCUCUAUCAGUGUGUUUUGCCCUCUGUGCUGGGACAGUUUAGUGCCAAUAAUAAACGGUUGGAGUCUUGUCCACCUCACUAACCGCCCAAUUUGGCGGUUAGCAUCCACACACAACUUUAACCUGGUCUUACAAGCCACCUCAGCAGUUUAUUUCUUUCAGCUAUAUUUGUCACUUUUAGGUCACAUUUGUGAGCUGUCCUACUGCAUGUUUCUUUGCUGCUGUUGUAUAGCAUAAACAACGAAUUAAUGUCAGAGAAAACACAUCAUCAAUAGCCUUUUUUUUUUGUUUAUUGUAUCUUUUCUAUAAGCUGUUUGGAUUGGAGCGCAGGAGCAGCCAUGACAACCAUUGUGCCUCGUUCUCAUUGUUUUCCUCCAUUGUAUCUUCUUUCUUUUUUUCUUCAUCCCCAGGCCUCCAGCAUCACAAGAAAGGCAAGGACCUGUACUGGUUUUAACAACCCUCCUCCGUCGCCAUCGACCAGCCAUUACCGGAUCCAAUUAGGACGUCUGGACCUGUACCAUUGAAGCGCCCCCUCCACGCCGCCCCCUCGUCCCCCUUUAUCCCUCAUCCAACACCCCCCCUCGUCCCCCCUCAUUUGCCCUCGCUUCCCCCCCCAGGCCCACAGUGCCAGCGCAGCCGAGAGGCUCCAGGUCGGCAUGUGUGCACCAUGGAGAUAAAGACUCAGAGGCUGGGCUCAUGGAGAGCAGAGCAGAGCAGAGACGGAGAGAGAAAAGAUGUACAGCCUUGGCGACCACUGCUCUGCGUUCUGUGACGACUGGCCUAUCUCUCUCCUCUCCUAUCACUGCUCAGGGCUCAGCUGUGUGGUGUAGCAGCAUAGAGACCAUUGGAGGCCACUAG